CUUGAGACUAGGUUUGCCCCAGUGGGUGACGCAGGACCCCGCACCCGAAGUGCGUAUAUAUGAGGUGACCCCGCGCGUCCCUGUUGCACCUCAGUCGUCUCAACACUCCACCCAGGAAGAAGAAUAGGAGGGACGCUACCAAAUCGGCGAUCCAGGGAAGAUGGCGUUCAGCAUCACCAGGAAAGAGAUCGAGGGGUUCUGGAGGAGGAAGGAGGAGGAGCGCCGCCUCGCCGCCGAGAAGGAGGCCGCCAGAGCCAAGGCCAAGACUCUCAAGAUGGAGGAUUAUAUGCUCUUCGAGCAAAUGAUAAGGGAGAUUCUGGAGGAGGGGAACGAGGGAGACAAGGGCAUCACCAAGAACCGAAUGACGGUGACACCUUCCAGCAGGGUCGCCGAGCUACGGAUUGGGAUCAAGCACUGGUGGAAGAAAAGCACCUAUGCUUAUCUGAAUGAGCCGGCAGUGACGGCAUCGAUGGAUGACAAGGGAAGAAGCGGACGCGCCGUCACCUAUAUUCCGCAAGACAGAUGCCUCAAAGUCCGCUCGUCAAUUCCUGCUUCAUUUGUCAUCUUUUAGGUACUCUGUAUUUUCAUGACAAAACAAGCUGAGGCAUAUCUAUAUGUAUGUAUGCAUCAGCUGUUGUGACAAGGACGGAAUAAUUUAUGCUGUGUAUAAGUUUGUCUGAAUGCUGUACUUGUAUCAAAUUAAGUGGAAGACCGUGUUGCUUGGUGCA